AUGAUUGUUACCGUGCGGGAAGUAACAGCAAGCUACAUGCAAGUUGGAGGAAGCGUUAGCGGCGCGACAGGGUCGGGGCGCGGGGCGGGAGGGGCGCGCGGCCCCCACCGCAGCGGUCGUGGCGGCGUCAAGCUCGAGCGUCACCCACAGCUCCUCGGCGGCGGGCCUCGAGCGCCACUCGGGCCGGGGCCGCGCGCGCAGUUCGCGUCGUGCCGCUAUGAGCACGCCGCCGCCCCGCGCGCCCUGCCCGUCUGUGGAUUUCCUAUCUUGCCUAAAAACAAUGUAUUUGGUAUGGAAGUAUUCUGCAUCGUGAUAAUCCGGAGU